AUGAGCCUUCGUGCUGCCUUGGGUGAGGGCCCUCGUGGCCUACAAGCGCCGUUUGAGGCGCUGCGGCCAGAGCGCUUGGUGCUGCUAGGCGCGCGGGACCUGGAUCCAGCAGAAGAGCAGUACGUCCAGCAUCAUCAGGUUCGUAGGUUGACGACUCAGGACCUUCAGUCCAACCCGACAGAGGCCGUCAGAGUCCUCAAGGAAGUCGCUGGACCAACAGGCGUCCUGCACAUACAUCUGGACCUGGAUGUGAUGGACCCAUCAUCUUUUCCGCAUGUGAAUGUGCCUACACCCCAAGGCCUGCUACCAGCAGAACUUCUCAAUCUGCUUCGCGAUCUAGGCAGUGCCUUUGACGGCCGCCUUUGUGGCACCACAGUGACGGAAUUGCGGCUUAGAGAGGAGGCUUUGAGCCCGUCACCAGCUUCUGCCAAAGAGCUGCUUUCCUCGUUGCUUGGGCCUGAAGGAUUGGACCUUGCUGGCCAGGUCUCCAACUGGCAGAGGGCAGAAUGA